AUGUUAGGGGCCGCCGAGCGUGACGUCAAACUGGACGUCGAUGUAGUCGCACGUCUUGCCCUCAGCAACCAGCUUGGCGCAGGUGGCGUCGAGGAACGGCGUGGUGCGGCCGUCGUGAUAGGGGGCAUCGUUUCCACGGGCGAAGAAUAUGACCGUGUCAAGACAUUCCGCGGUGAGCUUGGGGGUUUCGCUGGCUUGCGCGGCGACGAGGCCGACAGCGCCAAGAGCGAGGAGAGCGAGUGA